CACUUCGUCAUUUUUUCAGUCGCCAUUGUUCUCGUUCUCGGCUGUCGAAUUUGUUGGAAAUUAUCGAAUUUCCUUUAAAUUCGUUGCAAUAAAUACAAAUAGAAGUUAGAAAAAUAAACAAUUUUGGAGUAUAGAGUGCACAGUGCGUGUUAUAUCACAACAAAGGCCGCCAAUCGAUAUAAGAUACAUCCGUCAGACUCGCCAGUUUUAACCGAGCAGCUCAAACGAAAUUGAAUAUUUCGUUCGUGGCAAGAAAUAGUAAAUCUUUAACAAGAAAACAACCCGAAACUAAAAACUAUGUCAUCAAUGAAUCCAGAAUACGACUAUCUUUUCAAACUGCUGUUGAUCGGCGAUUCCGGCGUUGGAAAGUCCUGUCUGCUGCUUCGAUUCGCCGAUGACACAUAUACAGAGAGCUAUAUCAGUACGAUUGGCGUGGACUUUAAAAUUAGAACCAUAGAAUUGGAUGGCAAAACGAUUAAAUUGCAAAUUUGGGACACUGCUGGGCAGGAGCGCUUCCGUACUAUCACAUCGUCAUACUAUCGUGGCGCACACGGCAUUAUUGUUGUUUACGAUUGCACGGACCAGGAAUCUUUCAAUAAUGUAAAGCAAUGGCUGGAAGAAAUCGAGCGAUAUGCAUGCGAAAAUGUUAACAAGUUGCUGGUGGGCAACAAAAGUGAUUUAACCACUAAGAAAGUUGUUGAUCAUACAACAGCUGCGGAGUACGCACAUCAGUUAGGCAUUCCAUUCCUUGAAACUUCGGCCAAAAGCGCCACUAAUGUGGAGCAGGCAUUCAUGACGAUGGCUGCCGAGAUUAAGAAUCGUGUCGGUCCGCCGUCCAGCGCCACCGACAAUGCAAGCAAAGUGAAAAUCGAUCAGGGACGUCCAGUGGAGAACACCAGAUCUGGUUGCUGCUGAAUAACUCUGAUUGUGAAUCAUUAUUUUAUUAUACAAUUAAACAAAAUUUAAAUAUAAUAAAUUUAAAAAAAAAAACCACGGCAAAAAUAAUAAACAUGCAAAUCAUAACAAUAAAAAAAAAAACAAGGAAUGGAAUUAUAUAAUAAUUAUAAUGAGUAUUGAAGAGUAUGAGAAAAAGCGGUACUUUCUUUGAUACGGCAGUUCACAAUUUUCGCAAUUAAAUCCCACAAACACACUGGAUAUAUUCUGCUAUGUACUACCCUUAUACCUCUGACUAUUAGCAUUCUGUUUCUAUAGUUAUGUUCAUAAGUAGUGCAAAAAUACAAAAAAAAAAAACAAAACUUAAAAACUGGUGUAUUAAUUAACUUAAUCUAAAUUUAAACUAAACUUAAGAGUUACAUACCAUAGCAGCGCAAAACGAUACCGAUGGCGAUAGCGAUAGCGAUAUCGAUACCGAUUACUAUUAAUACUUAUAUCCACAAACACGUUAUUGAAAAAAAAAA